GGCGGCGGGCGGUGCCCCCGAAGGCGGAAGCGGAGCAUGGCGGCCGGUGCGGGCGAGCUGCUGGCGGCCGCGGCGCUGCUGCUGUCGGUGGUCGGGCCGCCCCCGGUGCCCGCCGAGCUCACGGAUGGCAACAGCGAGCACCUGAAGCGGGAGCACUCGCUGAUGAAGCCGUAUCAGGGCGCGGGCUCCGCCGCGAUGCCGCUGUGGGACUUCCAGGGCAGCACCAUGGUCACCAGCCAGUACGUCCGUCUGACGCCCGACGAGCGCAGCCGGGAGGGCUCCAUCUGGAAUCGCGUGCCCUGCUUCCUUAAGGACUGGGAGCUCCACGUCCACUUCAAGAUCCAUGGAGCCGGCAAGAAGAACCUGCACGGGGAUGGCCUGGCGCUGUGGUACACGCAGGAGCGCCUGGUGCCAGGUCCUGUCUUUGGCAGCAAGGACAACUUUCACGGACUGGCUAUUUUCCUUGAUACCUAUCCCAAUGAUGAAGCAACAGAGCGUGUGUUCCCCUACAUAUCUGCCAUGGUGAACAACGGCUCCCUGACGUACGACCACAGCAAGGACGGGCGCUGGACGGAGCUGGCGGGGUGCACCGCUGACCUGCGGAACCAGAACCACGACACCUUCCUGGCCAUCCGGUACUCCCGCGGUCGCCUGACGGUGAUGACUGAUGUGGAAGACAAGAACGAAUGGAAGAACUGCAUUGACAUUGCAGGGGUGCAGCUGCCAACCGGCUACUUCUUUGGUGCUUCUGCUGGCACUGGAGAUUUGUCUGACAAUCAUGACAUUAUCUCGAUGAAGCUAUUCCAGCUCAUGGUGGAGCACCCCAUAGAGGAUGAGACCGUUGACUGGACCAAGAUAGAGCCUAGUGUCAGCCUCCUUAAAUCACCCAAAGACAAUGUGGAUGACCCAACGGGGAACUUCCGAAGCGGGCCUCUCACAGGCUGGAAGGUGUUCCUGCUCCUGCUCUGUGCGCUGCUGGGCAUCAUCAUCUGCGCUGUGGUGGGAGCUGUGGUCUUCCAGAAACGCCAGGAGCGGAAUAAGCGUUUCUACUAGCAUCAGAGCUGGGCCGUGACCUGUACCCAGACCCAUCUUUUCUAUGGGGAGCUGUAAAUCUGUGGUUUCUAGAAGCUGUUUCUGAGCUACAUCAGAAGUAUUUUUUAUCUGUCUGUUUGGCUGUAACCCCUGCCUGGCACUUGGCAGCUGCCGGGUUGGACCGAGGGGGACGAUGCCCGCUGGGACCCUGGGGCUGUUCUGCGGGAGCCUGGAUGGCGCUCCCCGUUUUUCCAGCGCUCCUCCUGCCCGAUGAGAUCUGCCGGAUGGGACCUGCCGUGCUGGGUGUGAAUGUGAGGGCUGUGGGAGGGGGCUGCGAGAGGGGCAUUAAAGGACUGACACCA